UGUCUUGCACGGCAUCAAAAUGGUUGAAAAGGUAUCCAAGAGCCGUAUUCGAUGGAUAGGGCCUGAUAUCAGCAGUUUCGAAUCGCCGCCCAGACAGAGGCAGCUGCAUCAGGAAAUCAGUGAGCUGUCAGCCAAGGAACGUGCUCUGGAUGAGUUAAUUAAGGAUUGUGCUCAGCAGUUGUUUGCGUUAACAGAUGACAAGGACAAUGAGCGACUAGCAUAUGUGACAUACCAGGAUGUUCAGAGCGUUGAAGCGUACCGUAAACAGAUGACUUUUGCAAUUAAAGCACCACCGCAAACCAUGCUGGAAAUCCCAGCUCCCGGGGAAAACACCAUCACCAUGCGUAUACAGAGCACCAGAGGGCCCAUUGAGGUCUAUUUGUUCGAACCGAAACAGGAGCUUUCGAGUAACAACGUGUCUGGAGGUGAACCGGCGUCCGCAUCUGCAAGCAAACCUCCUGAACAGCCGGAUGAAAAGGAAAGUCCUCCACCUCAAAGUGAAGAAAUGCCCGAAGGGAGCAACUCCUAGAGUUUGACAGUUCAU